GGGGCAGGCGCCGGGCGCUACUGGGUGGGGCCAAGGGCCGGGAACGCCGGGCUAGCCCUUUGGCGAAGUUGGACCCUCACACGCAGCCCCAGUCAAGAAGGGCGAGGUCUUCUCCCCGCUCCCGCCCAGGCUGGACGAUCCAGGGCGGCAGGCCAGGACAGAAGCUCUGAGAUCCGGGAUUCCCCAGUUUCGUCAAGGAGCACCUCCACUCGCUUUCCCCAGAGCGACUCCUCCGAGCAGACCCCAGCGGAACCUCUUCCAUGCCUGCCGGGUGCAGCGGUGGCUCUCGCCUGUAAUCCCAGAGCUUUGGGAGGCAGAGGCCGCCCCGCUGUUUUCCACUUCUUCCAAAAAGCGCUUUAGAGUGAAGAAAUAAACAUCCGUCCUCAACUCUCGCGAGAGCUCCGCGUGUAACCAGGGCUGAGGCGGAGGAUUGGUCUCUCAGACUGAAGAGCCUCCGCCAUCACGCCCCGGUUGCCAGGAUACGCUGAAGCGCAGGGCCGCUAGUGGGUAGGCCUGAGAGCCGAGGAGAAGUGCGCGUGGGCGAACAGAUGUGCACGGCCUCGGGAAGAACUUACGGCAUCCACGAGCUGGGCCUCCGCCCUCCUUACGCGCUGGCGGAGUGAUUAAAGUGAACAAACAAUGGCCAGCAAUCACAAAUCUUCAGCAGCUCGCCCUGUUUCACGAGGUGGAGUUGGGUUAAGUGGAAGGCCUCCUUCUGGGAUACGACCCCUAUCAGGAAAUACUCGAGUGGCAACUGCAAGUUUCGCUCCUGUUGCCCAGGCUGGAGUGCAAUGGCGAGAUCUCAGCUCACCACAACCUCCGCCUCCCAGGUUCAAGCGAUUCUUCUGCUUCAGCCUCCAGAUGCCACCUGGGACAGCAAGGCCAGGUUCUCGUGGUGUUCCCAUAGGGACGGGUGGAGUUCUGUCUUCUCAAAUCAAAGUUGCCGAUCGUCCUGUGACACAACAAGGUUUGACUGGAAUGAAAACUGGGAUGAAAGGUCCCCAGAGGCAAAUUUUAGACAAGUCUUACUAUCUUGGGCUUCUUAGAAGUAAAAUAAGUGAACUUACUACUGAAGUUAAUAGACUUCAGAAGGAAAUAGAAAUGUACAAUCAAGAGAAUUCAGUAUAUUUGUCAUAUGAAAAGAGGGCCGAGACUUUAGCUGUUGAAAUAAAAGAGUUUCAAGGACAACUAGCAGACUACAACAUGUUGGUAGAUAAACUUAAUACCAACACUGAAAUGGAAGAAGUAAUGAAUGAAUACAAUAUGCUUAAAGCUCAAAAUGAUCGAGAAACACAAAGUAUGGAUGUCAUAUUUACUGAAAGACAAGCGAAAGAAAAACAAAUAAGAAGCGUAGAAGAAGAAAUUGAACAGGAAAAACAAGCAGCAGAUGACAUUAUCAAAAAUAUGUCUCUUGAAAACCAAGUCAAGUACCUGGAGAUGAAAACCACAAAUGAGAAACUAUUACAGGAAUUAGAUACACUUCAACAACAACUGGAUUCACAGAACAUGAAAAAAGAGAGCCUGGAAGCUGAAAUAGCUCACUCCCAGGUGAAACAGGAGGCUGUAUUGCUACAUGAAAAACUUUAUGAGCUGGAGUCCCAUCGAGAUCAAAUGAUUGCAGAAGACAAAAGCAUAGGGUCUCCAAUAGAAGAGAGAGAGAAAUUACUUAAGCAGGUUAAAGAUGAUAAUCAGGAAAUAGCCAGCAUGGAAAGACAGUUAACAGAUAUAAAAGAAAAGAUGAAUCAGUUUAAUGAAGAAAUUAGACAACUUGACAUGGAUUUAGAGGAACACCAAGGUGAAAUGAACCAGAAAUACAAGGAGCUAAGAAAAAGGGAGGAAAAUAUGGACACUUUUAUUGAGACUUUUGAGGAAACAAAGAAUCAGGAACUGGAACGAAAGGCACAGAUAGAAGCCAGCAUCGUUGCACUCUUGGAGCACUGUAGUCGAAAUAUAAAUUGCAUGAAACAGAUAUCCUUUAUCACCAAUCAAGAACUAAAGAUGAUGCAGGAUGACCUCAAUUUUAAAUCUACUGAAGUGCAGAAAUCACAAAGUACAGCUCAGAAUUUGACUUCAGACAGUCAAUGUCUGCAGUUGGAUCUGCAGAAAAUGGAGGUUCUAGAAAGUAAGAUGACUGAAGAACAACAUUCUCUAAAAAGCAAAAUUAAGCAAAUGACAACUGAUCUGGAGAUAUAUAAUGAUCUGGCAGCUUUAAAAUCGUCAGGUGAAGAAAAGAAAAAGAAAUUACAUCAGGAGAGAAUGAUCUUAUCAACCCGCAGAAAUGCCUUUAAGAAAAUAAUGGAGAAGCUAAACAUAGAAUACGAAGCACUAAAAACACAAUUGCAAGAAAAUGAGACCCAUUCUCAGAUUCUCUGACUUUUUAAGACAGCCAGAUUCUGUACAAUCUUCACUCAGAAUGAAUGGACUCCUGCUUUCUUACCUUCUAUAAACCUAUAUUGAAAGCCAACUGUGUUAGACACUAUCUCAGGCACAACUAUUAUGAUAUAUGCAGUACUAUCUUUUAAAAUUUCAAAAGUGGGACAUUACUAAUACAGAAACUAAAAAUCCAUAAAAUCACAAAUAAAAUAAAUUCUAGUGACUAAUACCCCACCACCCAGAAGAGAGAAUGCUUAUUGUUGCGUUAGUAUGGGUCCUUUUUUUUUGGAAAAAGAGUCUCACUCCAUCACCAGGCGCCAGGCUGGAGUGUAGUGGCGUGACCUCAGCUCACUGCAACCUCCACCUCCCAGGUUCAAGCAAUUAUCCUGCCUCAGCCUCCUUAAGUAGCUGUGACUAAAGGUGUGUGCCACCACGCCCAGCUAUUUUUUUUUGUAUUUUUAGUAGAGACGGGGUUUCACCAUGUUGGCCAGGAUGGUCUCAAUCUCUUGACCUCGUGAUCCGCCCACCUCGGCCUCCCAAAGUGCUGGGAUUACAGGCGUGAGCCACUGCAUGGGUCCUUUUAGUAGGUAAGUAGGUAGGUAGAUUAGAUAGAUAGAUACAUAGACAGACAGAUACAUAGAGAGAUAAUGUGUAUACACAUAUAUAUGCAUAUUCUUAGGUACACAUUUAUUUCUAUGCAUUUAUAGAAAUUGUACCAUAUUGUACAUAUUAUUUAGGAGCUUGUUUUUAAUGAUUAGCUAUACAUCAUAAGUACUUUCCCUUGUCAACAUAUAUAUUGACUUUAAAUUGUUGAUAGCCUAGGCCGGGCACGGUUGCUCAAGCCUGUUAUCCCAGCACUUUUGGAGGCCGAGGCGCAUGGUUCACGAGGUCAAGAGAUCGAGACCAUCUUGGUCAACAUGGUGAAACCCCGUCUACUAAAAAUACAAAAAAAUUAGCUGGGCAUGGUGGUGCAUGCCUGUAAUCCCAGCUACUCUGGAGGGUGAGGCAGGAGAAUUGCCUGAACCCAGGAGGCGGAGGUUGCGGUGAGCCGAGAUCGCGCCAUUGCACUCCAGCCUGGGUAACAAGAGCGAAACUCCAUCUCAAAAAAAAAAAAAAAAUUGUUGAUAGCCUAAUGAUAUUCUAGUAUAUGGAUGUAGCAUAAUUUAUUGAACCAAUUCCCUUUCAUUAGAUAUUUAGGCAAUUUCUAGUUUUAAAACUUAAUGCUAUAAAGAACAAUCCAGUUAUCCUUGAACUUCUUAAUUCAUAUCUCCAGUUAUUUACAUGGGAUGCAUAAACAUAUAACUGCACUCCCCUUUUCGUAUCACUCAUCUUGCUGAUAAUUACUUGAACAGUGUGUGAAGUCAAGAUUGAUAGCUGUGAUGGGACAGAGAUAACAUUUACUUUAUUCCCUGCACUGUGCUAUUGGUUGGCACAUAGUAGGUAUUCAGCAAGUAUUUGUUGAAUGAUUGAAUGAAGCAUUAUGUAUCAUAUACAAAGUUAGUAACUAUGGCUUGAAAAGGAUUAGUCCUUCUCAUAUCUAAUUAGUCUAUAUUAGAAAUUUGCACACAGAAUUUAAAAUGCUGAAUACAUUAAAAAUUCCCUCUUUUUCGUUAUAUAGUUACAUGAUCAUAUAGAGAAAAAUAAUGUCAUUUGAUUUCCCACUACCUAGGUACAACCACUGUUAACAUUUUGGUCCCAUAUCCUUGUUGUCUUUUUGUUCUUUGCAAUCAUACAUCCGUAUCAUUUUUACAAAAAAUGAAAUCAUGCUAUUUAUACAGUCUCAACAUUUUAACUUUUUUUAAUCUUUUUUUUCUUUUUUUUAAAAAAAACAAACAGUCUCAGCUGGUGUGGUGGCUCACGCCUAUAAUCCCAGAAUUUUGGGAGGCUGAGGAGGGCAGAUCACCUGAGAUGGGGAGUUCAAGACCAACCUGGCCAACAUGGAGAAACCCCAUCUCUACUAAAAAUACAAAAUUAGCCAGGUGUGGUAGCACAUGCCUAUAAUCCCUGGUACUUGGGAGGCUGUGGCAGGAGAACACUUGAAUCUGGGAGGCAGAGGUGGCGGUGAGCUGAGAUCGCGCCAUAGCACUCUAGCCUGGGUAACGAGCGAAAUUCCAUCUCAAAAAAAAGAAAAGAAAAAAGAAAAAAAUAGAGUCUCACUGUGUUGUUGCCCAGGGUUGGAGUGCGUGACAUAAUUGUAACUUACUGUAGCCUUGAGCUUCUGGACUCAACCGAUCCUCCUGCUUCAGCUACCCAAGUAGCUAGGACUACAGGCACAAACCACCAGGCCCAGCUAAUUUUUACUAUUUUCUUUUAAAUAGAGAUGGGGUCUCACUAUAUUGACCUGGCUCGUCUUGAACUUCUGGACUCAAACAGUCCUCCUGCCUCAGCCUCCCAAAGUAGUGCUGGGUUUGCAGGCAUGAGCCACCAUGCUCAGCCCUUUUUUUUUUUCUUUUUGAGAUGGAGUUUUGCUCUUGUUGCCCCGGCUGGAGUGCAAUGGAAUGAUCUUGGCUCACUGCAACCUCCACCUCCUAGGUUCAAACGAUUCUCCUGCCUCAGCCUCCUGAUGAGUAUUUUUAGUAGAGAUGCGGUUUCACCGUGUUGGCCAGGCUGGAGUUGAACUCCUGAGCUCAUGUAAUCUGCCUGCCUAGGCCUCCCAAAGUGCUGGGAUUAUAAGCAUGAGCUACAAUGCCUGGUUUUUGGUGACAUUUAUGUAGCAUUACCUAUUUCAUUGUAUGGAGGUACCAUUUGAAAACAACAUAUACCUUACAUUCUUUUGAAAAGGAUAGAAUCUCAUGAAAGCUUGUUACAACUACUAAAAGCUUAGAACUCAUUAAUUUACAUAAUUCAAAUUUUCCAGUUACUCUGUUUCUAUAUCACAAUAUACAAACCUAGAUAUAGACUUAUAAGUGACAAAAUUUUCUUAGAUUGUUUAGAGUGAGGAUGAGUGUUGGAGAAGAAAUAAGACAAAGUUUGUGAGGUUAUUGUCUUGAAUGGUUCUUAGAAAAAAAUACUGAUAUUUCUUAUGGAAUAUUGGUCCUCCUCAUUCACUUAAUAGAUGAUUUAAGGUGGAAAGCACUUGACAAACACCAUUUCUUUGAGCCAAUGACUGGUUACCUUGUUUAUUCCCACAUUAGGUGCUAAUUGUAUUGUUAAUUCCAUGUAUUGAUAACUGGAAAUCAUAACAACAAAAUCACUACAAUUUUGAAUCCUCUGUUGUUACCUUUUGUGAAUCCCAACUGAUUAAAUCAAAUCCGGGUCUUCCUAUCUUUCACAACUAUUUUCUUGAAAACUGGCUUUCAGCAUCUAUAAAGAAUUUUAUGUAACAGAUUAUUUAAAUAGGUUAGGGAAAAACAGAUUUUCAAAAUGAAUUUUUGCUUCAUGAUGUCCUUGGAGGUUUAUAGGCAAGUCAGUAAUACAGAGGUAUAAAUGUAAAAGGAAUUUGACCAUCUGACAUAGCGUUGCUUUUAUACCAUUCUUGUAGCACUUAAGAAAGUAUGAUGCAUAAUAAGAAGGCCGCCUGUUUGUGUGAAACAAUGACAAAAAAGUCUGGUACUUGACUUUGCUGAAGGUUAUUAGAGACUUACUGCCAGAAGUGCUGACUGCUUCCUUAAGUCCGUCUUAACUUCAGGGUCCUGUCUGGGGGAGAUUGAUGUGAUUUAGUAAUAUUAGCUCACAGCACAUACAAUCACAUAGUUAAUUAACCAUGCUUUAUUCUAAUAUAUAGAUUUAUCUCUUUGGAGGAAAGAAUGAGAUGGGUGUUAUAUCAAGGCCAAACUUAUGUCCUGAAAAUUAUUUUAACAUGAGUAUAGAAAGAAACAUUACUACUGCUGCUUCAAUUAUUUGUAUUUUUAAAAAUAAUUAUUCUUCUUUGAAAUAUCCAGGCAGAACAUUAGUGUUUCAAUUUUUAGAUGGUCCUUUGCUUUGGAAAAAAACUAUGUGCAUCUUAAAAAAGAAAGACUGUAACCCAGAGUUACAAGGUUAAUUAAAUCAGAAAAACAAUUUAAUACUAUAACAGUAAAAUUGUCUUCUGAGGAAGUAACCAUCAAUAUAAUAUCCACAUUAGCUUCCUGUUGAUGCAGAAAUUAUUGUAACAGUGCCAGCUUUUUACAAGCUGUCUUAUAAUCUUCACACUGCAGCUCUGCUCUUAUCACAGCUUGUGGAAUUAGACAGGAAAUUUAGCCCUGGAAAUAAGGAAGUUUCUCCUAUAUGGCUCAACCUUUGACAGUGUUUGAAUAUAUAUUAUAUUUGUGGCAUUAGACUUCCAGAUUUUAAGGAGAGAUUCCCAUUGAGUCCCAUUUUUCUUUUAAUAGUUUUUUUAGGGAAAGGCAAGUCAUAAAUUGUCUUUCAGUUGGCAUGUUCAUUUGUAUAAUAAAAGUUUAAAAUAUUUUAUAAUUAAAAUAGAGUAAAACAUGUUAUAGAAUUCAUCACUGUAUUAAUGUAUUUAUUAUUAUUUAAUCUUUUUUUUCUGCCAUGACUAUCUCAAUAAAAUAUGCAAGUUGAUAAGAUUUAAAG